CCGCCGGGACGCGGUAGGGGUUGCCGAGCUCCAGUGCGAUGGCAGUUGGCGCGCUGUCCGGUUCCCUCCUGCUCACCUGCUGCCUGAUGGUGGCUCUGUGCAGCCCGAGCAUCCCGCUGGAGAAGCUGGCCCGGGCGCCCGAGCGGCCGGGCCAGGAGAAGCGCGAGCACGCGUCUCGGGACGGCCCGGGCCGGGUGAGCGAGCUCGGGCGCCCGGCGAGGGACGAGGGCGGCGGCGGCCGGGACUGGAAGGGCAAGGGCGGCCGCGGGCUGGCCGGCCGGGAGGCGUGGAGCAGGCAGAAACAGGCCUGGGCCGCCCAGGGCGGGGGCGCCGGGGCCGGGGACCUGCAGGGGCGGCCCCGCGGGGACACCCCGCACGAAGAGCCCCCGGCCGCCGCCGCCGCCGCCGCCGCCCAGGACGCGGCGGGCCCGGACCCAGAGCCCACGCCCGAGCUGCCGGAGGAGUACGCGUACCCGGACUACCGGGGGAAGGGCUGCGUGGACGAGAGCGGCUUCGUGUACGCGAUCGGGGAGAAGUUCGCGCCGGGCCCCUCGGCCUGCCCAUGCCUGUGCACCGAGGAGGGGCCGCUGUGCGCGCAGCCCGAGUGCCCGCGGCUGCACCCACGCUGCAUUCACGUCGACACGAGCCAGUGCUGCCCGCAGUGCAAGGAGAGGAAGAACUACUGCGAGUUCCGGGGCAAGACCUACCAGACCCUGGAGGAGUUCGUGGUGUCGCCGUGCGAGCGGUGCCGCUGCGAGGCCAGCGGGGAAGUGCUGUGCGCGGUGUCCGCGUGUCCACAGACCGAGUGCGUGGACCCCGUGUACGAGCCCGACCAGUGCUGCCCAAUCUGCAAAAACGGCCCAAACUGCUUUGCCGAGACCGCUGUCAUCCCCGCUGGGAGGGAAGUGAAGACGGACGAGUGCACCGUCUGCCACUGCACCUACGAGGAGGGCACCUGGAGGAUUGAGAGGCAGGCCAUGUGCACCAGGCACGAGUGCCGGCAGAUGUAGGACUGGCCGCACGGACCACAGAUGUUUUCUAGGAUCCUUUCCCGAUCUAUCUGAACGUUCUGGAUGCCUCUGGGAAAUAUCGACCGAAAGGAGCAGACUUUUGAUGAGGAAUCGUGGAAAACUGUUGGUACUUUUUCUUUUCUUGGUCACAACAACUGCAGGAGAAGGAAAUGGACAUAUUUCAAAACAUCGACAAGAACUUUGGGCAAAAAAGUCCACUUCUAAAUAAAUGUGCUAUUUUCACAGUAAGUACACUAAAGUACACUAUUAUAUAUGAAAUGUAUUUCUAUAAUCCCUCUA